AUGGAUUCCGCGCGGUCCCUGGCGGUGGAGCUCGUGUUGAGCCCAUUGCAUCGGAAUGGCGCGAAGUGUGGCAUCAGGAUCUUCCCCGGCUCUGCGUCGGAUGCCUGUAAGAGGAUGAUGUUCUUGGUGCACCCGGACAAGUGCUCGGACCGCCGCGCGAAUGACGCCUUCAUCGAGAUCAAGAGAAUCCAGGAGCUCACAUCCACCAUGAGUCCGCGCCAUACUCGCAUGACGCCCAGAUCCGGGCUGGAGGACCGUCUGUACCAAGCGCUGCGCGAGGCUGAGCGUGAGCGUGAGUCGAGGAUCGCCGCAGAGGUCAUCGCUUUCUGUGACGGCCUUCUACGUCGGCGCAAGCGCCUUGAUGUCUCUGUGUGCCAAGAAGCCUUGGCCAAGCUCCAGCAGCUCAACCUCGAUGACGCCAAACCCGAGGACGCUGAGUCGGCGCGGGAGUACCAAAUCACCUUUCAGAGGAGGCUCUCAAAGGCUCUUGCACCCCAGGAGACGGCCGAGACGGAGGAGCCGGCCGAGACGGAGGUCCAGGAGGAGACGGAGGAGCCGGCCGAGACGGAGGUCCAGGAGGAGACGGAGGAGCCGGCCGAGACGGAGGAGCCGGCCGAGACGGAGGUCCAGGAGGAGACGGAGGCCCGUGAGCCGACCGAGACGGAGGUCCAGGAGGAGACGGAGGUGCAGGAGGAGACGGAGCCGGCCGAGGAGGAUGAGCCUAAGGAGCCGGCCGAGGAGGCCGAGGUGGAUGAGGCCCAUGAGCCGCUUCAGGAGCCUGAGGAGCCGGCCGAGACGGUGGAGACGGAGGAGCCGGUUCAGGAGCCUAAGGAGCCGGCCGAGGAGGCCGAGGUGGAGGCCCAUGAGCCUCCAGUGGAUGAGGCCGAGGAUGAGGCCGAGGUGGAUGAGCCUAAGGAGCCGGUCGAGGUGGAUGAGGCCGAGGAAAAGGAGCCGGCCGAGGCCCCCGUUCAGGAAAAGGAGCCGGCCGAGAUGGUGAAGGAGGAGGAGGUAGAGGAGGUAGAGGAGGUGGAGCUCCCGACACCGGCCCAACUGGGGCACUACACGCAGUUCAACGAGCAGUUUUCCGAGCCUCCCGAGGACACAAAAAAGCUACAAGGCUACCGCCUUGUUUGGGAGCGGACGGACGUGGUCACCAUCAACCACGCUCUGCACCUCGACGCCGUGCGGCGAUGCCCCGACCACAGCCUCUUUGAUGUGCUGAUCAGCCUGCUCAAGCGCUCUGUGAAUGUGGACCAGGACGGCAUUGGCUGGAUUCCCGUGCUCCUGCGCCCAGGCCGCACCGCUCCUGGGCUGAAGGGGCGGAUCUUCUCCGGCAUCGGUCGGGUGCCCGUAGAGGAGGCGCCUGCCAAAAAACGCAAAGGCAGUGAGGGCGCCGUGGAUUCCGCUCGGGUAGAGUUCAUGAAGCUGCUGCCGCCGGAGAUUCGCAAGGAGAUAGAGAUGGGGGUCCCAGACUUGCUUGUGGGGCGCUCCGCAUUUGCCUUCAGCAAGUUGGUCCGCUACAUUGCGCGGAACCGCCUUGGAUCCGUCGAGCUGGACAUCAAGAACUCAUUCUUCCAGCUCUUGAACCGACAGAAGCCGCUGCCGCCCAUCAUGGCGGAGUACCUGGACCACCGUGAGGAGAAGCUCGCACAGAUCGGCCGCGUGCUCUUCCACAAGCUGCCCGAAACCCGCCGGCGCAGCGUGGCGAAGGAGCUGAUGAUCGCCCUGGGCUUUGGGGGUGGUUUCGCCAACUGGACGAGCAAGGUGCUGCAGGACAUACCCUUGGCUUCGGAUGAGGGGGAGCGCGGCGAAGUGGCUGCUUGGCUCUACGGCUUCGAGGCGGCGGCACGCCGCUACCACGUGGACGUUUUUGAGCUGCUGCCACAGAGGGCCAAGGACUGGCACAUGGAGCAGGGCCGCUCCACUGCCUCGGGGGCCUUCGCCCUGUACGCCCACCACGAGAGGUUGCAGAUGGAGAAGAUGGCGGUGGCAGCGGGCAGGGCCUUCAACGACCACCAGCAUGACGGCAUCGGGGCCCUCCGCUCCGCGAGCGAGGCCGUGAAGCGAGCCAUGGAUGUCGAGGUGGCCGUGCACGAGCUGGAGGACCCGUGGAAAUACGCGGCGGCGAAGUACCCCAACUUGGAUUGGAGACUCAAGUCGACGGAGUUCUCCGGGUACCACCAACUGCUCCAGCGCUGCAGGAAGCACGUCAUGCUUGGACGGGCGAGGGCAAACACCGUGGACUUUGCGAAGCUGGCGGCGGCGCAGCUGGCCCCGGUCGUACACGUUCCGGUGGAGGGGGGUGAGAGGAGGACCACCUAUGAAAGCUUCGAGAAGGGAGGCUUCUGGCUGGUGCGAAACCGGGACGACUUGGGCCAGACCGUGGAAGACCUGAUGAAGAAGAUGUGUUGCCCGGUCUUCGAGACAGUCGAUGAGAACUACGCGCCGCCAGAGCCCCUCAACGACAACGCCUUCUUCUCCGGUCUGUCCUCGUCCGUUCUGGGGCGUCUGGCAGGCCCGCAGAUGCCGACCCUCGACGGCGACGAGACACGGUUCAAAAUCCUCUUUAGCGACGGCAUGCUCUACGAUUUCAAGGAGCGUGUCCUCCGAACACCGAUCCCCGCCGACCGCAUGGGCUUCCGCACACAGGCGACCUCAGAGAUGUGGCAGCCGAGCAAGCCGACCAGGCUCUUCGAGCACAUCCUGGCGUUCUUGAAGGAGUAUGUGGAGACGGAGGUGUCUCUGCUCGAGGCCAGCGAGAGUGGCAACCGGGUCAUCGAGUGCUUCGAGGAAUUGGAGAAGGACGGGUGCGAGAUCCUCCGCUACAUGAAGGUGUACGGGGACUGGAACUCCGUCCUGUACGAGCUGCGUCUCAUGACCAGGGCCAUCUCCGCGACGCCGCGGUUCUGCGAGAUGUACUACCUGUGGGGAAGCCAGGAUUCCGGGAAGGACACCAAGAUCAAGAUGUUGCACGCUUUCUUUGGUCACGGCGAGAACAACUACGGGGUGCAGCUUCCGGGAAACUAUGUGGUGCAGCAGACUCGCUACCUGACCGCGAAGGACGCAGCCACGCCUUACCAUGCAAGGACUCUAGGCAAGCGGCUGGCCUGGGCCAGUGAAGUCCCCGAGCACUACUCGUUGGCGGAUGACUUCAUCAAGCCCUUUUGUGACAUGGAAGGUGCGCCAGUCUGCAGCAGGAAGCUCAACAAGGGUCCCCGGGACUUCAUGCCUACGGCUUUGCUGGUGGCAACAAGCAAUUCCCCUCCCCGUGUGACUCGACCGGAUGGGAUGCUGCGGCGGCUUCGAGUCUGCCAGACAACGGUCAAGUUCACCUUGAAGCCGUCCAAGGCCACCGAGGAGCAAGCCGUGGAUGGCCUCAAGACCCGGAUAAACCAUGGAGAGUUCAGCAAGUACUUGUUCUUCUUCGCGGCAAAUCUGGUGGACACCUUGGAGAUGGAGUACAACCCAGGCACCGAGAUCAAGCCGCAGCCAGAGGACAUGAAGAUGAGCGCCAUGGACCUGGUCCCAUCCGUAGACAAGGACGAGGGGCCCAACGCCGAGGCCUUCGUGGCAGAGAUGUGUGAGCUGGUGCCCUUCAAGCAAGCGAGCCUCCACACGGACCUGACGAUGGCGCUGAAGGCCUACCUCAACCUGGACACCUUGGGCGCGGCCAAGACCGAGAUCUCGAAGUUGGGAAUCAAGGGGAAAUCCUACGGCCCGCGGUACAUCUCCGUCUUCAAACAGAACGAGAACAUGAUGGGUGUGAAGCUCCGAUUGGCAUCGGCAAGUAGCUCUUAG